GGGCGGGGAGAACAGUUGCCGAAUCGACUCUACCAUAUCUACGCGUAUUUUUUAUCGAAACUGUGUGUUCGUGACUUGAACGCGGGUGAUAUUGGAAAUUUAUUGUGUGUUUCUGUGUUUAUAUGUGUUGUUUGUGUUAUCAAUUGUGCGUUAUGGUGUUUUUGUGUGAAUAACGUGAAACUACUUUAGGGUAACAAUGUCUAGUAGUUGACAUGUUUAUCUGUGUCGUGUGUGAAGAUUUUCCCUUGGCGUGAGGAGGUGCGGUGCGCUAGUGUGCGCGCUGGCGGCCGUGUGCGUGCCGCGGCCGUAGUAAGCGGCGAUCCAAUGAUGGAUUGCAUUUCCAUGGAUGUAUAGGAUGUGAGCUCCUUCAUCAGUCCAUCAAUGACGGUCAUUCAUAUGACCACAGUGGACAAUGCGGUCACAAGCUUCUAAAACCUUACCUAAGAAAGGGGCUACAGGAAAAACAACUGUAAAGGGUAACUCUGCAACUAAAUCUAUAAAGAAGAAAGUUGUAACGAAAAAAAAGGGCAAACCUUUACAAAAAACACUUUUGAAGAGUGCUAAGAAAAAUACACAAAAAGAACAGAAAGAUGAAGCUUCGUGUUCAACUAGUAGCGCAGCUCCUGCUGUUGAAGAAGCGAAAGAUCAUUCCGCUGAGGUGGCAAAGGAUGAAACAUCAAAAACUAGUCAACCUAGAAGUAGCUCUCCAACAAAGAAGCUCAAAAAAGAGCCAAAAGAAAAGAAAGACGCGCCUAAAAAUACCCCAAGCAAUGUAAAUACCAAAGCUGUUGCUCUUAAAAAAACCGUUAGAGCACCUAAAAAAACAAAUUUAGCAGUGGAUCUUGAUAAUGACGAUGAUAACAAUGAUGAUGUAAAGUACAAAAUAAAUGUAGAUUCAUUGAAAAAAAAUCCAAAUUCUUCUAAGACAAAACUUGUAAAUAGAAAAGCACAAACUCCUAAAAAGAAAAGCAGUAACGUCACAAAACCUGAACUGCAAGACAAAGAAAUCGCAUUGGAAGAGGAUAAAAACAAAGAAGACAAACAAAAUGACAAUAAUGAUAAGAAGACUUCUAAUAUUCCGAAAGCUGAUAGUUCUGUUGAUACUUCAAAAGAAAAUAAAAAUGACACAAAGGUUCAAGAAAGUGUUGAAAAUAAGAAAAGUGUUGUUUAUAAUUCAGGCCCAAGUAGUAGUGCUUCCUAUAGCACGUCUUUAAAGGGUCAAGCGGAAACGUCUAGAUCUGAAUCAGAACGUCCUCUUAAAUUUUUUACUUCAAGUCGGUCUCCGAGAACACUUGAUAUAGAUGUGAAGUGUUGUAAAUAUUCCAAAGGCAAUGUAAGCGCAUCUGAAAGAUUCUUACCAAUGAAAUGUGAAACAAAAGUUGACGAACACAAUAAAGAAAAAAGUACAUCUAAUAAUCUUGUGUCACAGGGGUCUGAAUUUGAUGUUUAUACUUUUACGGAUAAAGUUGAUUCACCUAAGAGCAUCUUGUCGGAUUAUCGUAAUACAAGUACCAAAAGCAUAGGCAGAGUACGACCGAUAGCUCGGGUUAAGGGAACAGUUGUUGAUAAAAAAACUGACACCGAGAGAAAAAAAUACUCUCCACAUAGACCCAUUGAGGAAGUAGUUCAACAACUAAAGGCAAGCAAACGGUCAGAGGAUUCAACUUCUGGUGAAAAACAAGCUGGUGACCAAGUUUCUGACUUAGAAUUUAAUGCCAGUAAUGUUGAAGAGAAUGUAGAAGAUAUACCACAACCUAUCGUGAGCAAAUCAUAUAAAAUGGUGGCACGUAAAUCAAGCAUAACAGGAAAACCAUUUAGCCCUAUCAAAUUUUUUGAUAACGAAUCUUCCUCCUCAAAAAGUGAAUCACCGUCUUCCCCUGUAAAAGUAAACACAAAACAAACUUUAAUAAAGAAACAGCAAAAGAAAAGUAUAUCCGAUAAGGAAAUAGAUAAUUCAAAAUUUUCUUUUAGUAAGAAAUCUCUUAGUUAUUCUUCAUCAGAAGAAAGUGUAAAUGAGUCCAACGAUGACAAUGAAUCUAAAGAAUCAUCUGGAUCUGAUAGUCCUAAAGCUAAAAAGACGAAAAUGAAAAAAUUUAAACGAAUCACAGAUAGUCAGAAAAAACCCACGUCAAAAGAAUUAAAAGAACUAUCGAAAGAUUCUCUUGUUGAUCUCAAAGAUGACUUUUCCGUAUUGUGUAAUGAAAAACCGAGUAAAAGGAGACUAAAGUUGUUGUCCAUGUGGGCAGGUCCUAAAAAACAUAGAAUGGCUUCUUUGAAUGCUAUAGCAAAAGUUCACUGUCUAUACGAAAAUGAAAGCAGAACUCAUAUGGAAUUAGGUUUAAUGAAGACUGUAGACCGUCAACCAAUGCCCAGUACAUCGAAAACGUCGUAUAAUAAGAAGAAAGAAAAGCCCAAAGAUGUAGAAAAGCAGGACAGCACCUCAGAAUCUGAAUACGAAGUCAGGAACGACAAAAAAGAAGAAAGUUCUGAAAGUUCCGAUGAUAAUUUACCACAAAUGACUUUACGUGGAGUUCCCGGGAUUAGAAGUGCAGGUAAAUAUUGGGAUCCUAAAUCAUCUACGUCUUCCAGUGAGGACAGCGAAAUAGAACAAAAACCGAAGACCCCAGAAAAAAAGAAAACAAAGCUUCCAGUUACAAAACCCGAUAAUGAAAAGUCCAACAAGCUGAAAAAGACCACUGGUAUUUCUGUUAAGAAGAAACGUAACAGAAACGAAGUUGUCAUGGAUUUAAAGGAUAUGGUAGUGCAAAAACGUAUGGCUAGUUUAAAUGCAACAGCAAUUUUAGCAGCAAGCUAUGAAAAACGAUCUCCUAAAUCUAGCAAAGAUGAAACCACUUCUGAUUCUUGUAGUGACGAAUCAUUUACUCAUAAAACAAAAAACGUACUCGCAGCCGGCGUAAAGUCGGAGUUAAAAAAUGAAGAGACUAAAAAAGACGUUGAAGACAGUGCAAUAACUGACAGGAAACAGAAAGUUGAAGUAAUUGUUAACCAAGAAUCGGACGUUACAAUAACUGGAGUAUACUCAACUCAUCAUCAUGAAGGUUUUUGCACUGUCUCCGGAAUGCAAUACCGUAUUUCGUCAACAAGUCACACCCAGACUACAGCGACGGCUAACUGCGAGAAGGAGGGAUGCCCCCGCGAGGAAGGGUCCCGUUACACGCCUUUAUCUGCACUAUCGUCUAUGCAGCCGCCGGCAGAACAUCCGCACACACAUCCACAUCCUGUACCAGAGCUGGGCGGGCUGACUCGCCGCGCCGGCUGUUCCAGUGCGUUUUCCGCGCCUUCACCCUCCGCUCACCAUGAUCCAGGUAAGCUAAGCGAGACGUGCAGCUUGUGUGUCACACCACACGUGUCACCUUACGGAUAUUACCAACCCGCAGGGCCCCUGAUAAAAGAGAGCAGUGCCGAUGCUGACAGAGCUCUUGGAAGAUAUCACCCCGCGCCACAUUACCACCCGCCGCAUCCCUCGAUGCUGCAACAGUAUGGACCGCCGCCAUACUACCCCGCGGAGCUGUGCUAUGGGCGGUACUACCGGCCGCCCGGGCCCUACCACAUCCCGCCCCCACAACCUGAAGCUCCGAUGGUGGGCGUGGGCGGCGAGCCGUACCCGCCGCCACAAUACUACGGCUCACCACCUUGCUAUCAACACUCACCACAAAGGAUACCGUACGUCGAGUAUCGUGGAUGCCCGUGCCCAUUAAACGCGUGUCCAAAAAACGUCCUUAUUGGGCCCGCUACUGGUAAAGCCCCAGCCGGUGGCGGCCCCGCCGACGUCCUAGCUCUAGCGCCGCCCGGGGGCGCCUUCCGCGCGAAGGUUCGGGCCUGCGCUCUUGACUCCGCCGCCGACACGCACGGCAGCGGCAAGGAUCCACCGCUGGAGCCAGAGCCGCCCGCCGCGGCCGACGCUCCCCAUCCUUGUCCGCUGCCAACCAUCGGCGGUGCGUCUCCCAAACGUGAACUGUUCGACGUUCGCGAAAACAUGUGCCGCGCUGCGGAUAUGCCCGGCCCCGCCGAGGCUAUCGGCCCGCCCUCGCCCGCCAGAGGGUCUGCGGGGGCCUGCGCGCCGCAGCCGCCGCCCGUCGCGCCCCGCCGCGCCAGGCUCGGCAAAGCCAUGGCCAGGCGGACUCUGGCAGGUGAUGACACCGGCUUCCUCAUGUCGACACCUCAGCAACCUCCACACAGCGACGCCGACGAUGACGUGCUCGCCAUCUCUCCACCCAUCUGUGUACCGAUAGAUCUAUCGUCAUCAGACGAACGAUCGACGCCCCUUGUCGACGUAAAAAAAGAGAACGAAGGCCCCACGUACACACCGCCGAGGAAGGUCGACGCGCAAGCUCUCAGAGAACAUAACAGCACGACGGCGCUUUCUGAAAUACCUGAUUUAACGGAAGCAAACAAAGCCGUUAAGAGAAGGUAUUCGAAGCCCAAACUUGAAAUCGAUAUAAGAGAUAUACAACUGGAUGAUACGUGUAAAACCAAUGGAAUUGGGGAACAUGUAAAGCUACAGAAGAGAAGAAAAGUAUCGGGCGAUCACACCGACAUCGUUAGGAUAGAAACUGUAACAAAGGAAGCUAAAAAGAAAACGACGCCGAGUACAAAGAGAACGCCUAAGUCGCCGCCUGCGGAGAAAAAAAAUCUUAAAAGAAGAUUAGAGAAUAUAGUCAGCAGGCCUAAAGCUAAAAAAGGUCUUAUCCAGGCCAUAGAUGAAGAUCCCCGCCUUAAAAAUGUCGCAGCUGUGACGGAGGAACCAUGCAUAAAGAAGACAAAAACAAAAAGUGCUCUUCUUCUUGACAAUUUAAUAAGAAAGAACAGUAUCGAUAGCAAAGGAUACGCGUCCGACAAGGAACUAAACCCCGCAGAGUUAUUUUUGUCACCGAACGAAAACGUUAUCCAAAACGUUGCGAAGAAAACACUAAAUAUUAAUAAUAACGUCGUUGAAAAUACCGCACCUACGAAUGGUGUUCGGCCGAAAACGAUAGCCGCCGUGAGCCAACUUAUAGAAAAGAAACUAGCAUAUAAGAACGCCUGCAAGAUCGACUCAAAAAUCACACACAACCUAAAAUCAGUAUUAUCACCCACCGACAGUUCCGACAUAAAGGAAGACCAAACAAAUAAAGUUAUACUUAGCAGUGGUACAAUCGCAGGCAGUAAACUUUUUGAUAAAUGUGAAAAAGGCAGUAGCAACGAUGAUACUACUAAUGGAGAUGUAGUCAUUGCUGUGAAAACAUUAAAAGCCAAUAAGAGUAAACCUCCAUCAAAUCAAACAGAAACAAGUCUUAAGCCCAAGUGUGACACUACCAUUAUUAAUGUCGAUGAAUCUCAGUGCAAAGCCAGUGAAUUACAAGACCAAGAGACGGGGCCGACAGAAAACGAGGCGACGGUGAUAGCAGACAAACUGUUAAAAAAACCUAAAACGACGAUAGAAAAACCUAACGCGGAACACAAGGGCAAGAACGUCGAAAAGGUCGUUAAGCUGCUAGUUUCAAAGAAACAAGCGAAAGCUAAGAAAGUCGACGAAGCGCCGACGAGCGAGACCGGCUCUCGCCUAGAUAAAAUAGAAGAGAAGACGAAUAAUGAAAAGACAGGAAAACGUUGUAAACUAGGUAUGGAAAAAGAAUCAAAAGGAAAGAGCGUGGAGAAGUUAGCAAAGCUACUGAUAUCAAAGAAGACUGCGUUAAAAACGGACGAAGCGGCGCUGCUGGUGGAGGCGGCG